AUGAUCUGUUCUGUUGAUCAGGUGGCAAUGAAGGUGGUUUUGAAGAGCAGUGACAUGGAUUACCUCAGCAUUCCUGGUCAUCCUACACCCCUUCCGUUAGAGGUUGCUCUAACCAUUCUUGCCAACAAUGGUCCGACCGUUCCUCAGAUAAUCCAGAUGCUGGAGUGGCAGGAGCGUCCCGACUCCUAUAUAAUGAUCUUGGAGCGUCCCUCACCCUGCGAAGACCUUUUUGAUUUCCUGGAGCGGCACUUAGGAACCCUCAGUGAGAACAUGACACGGCACAUCAUGUGGCAGGUAGUGCAGGCUGCCCACAUGUGCUGUCAGCGAGGGGUCCUCCAUCGGGACAUUAAAUUAGAAAACCUGCUGAUAAACAAGGAAACUUUAGAAGUGAAACUUAUCGACUUUGGCUGCGGUGACCUUCUGAAGACCUCAGCAUAUACAACAUUCUGUGGGACUGAAGAUUACUGUCCACCUGAAUUUAGAUCCAGUGGCAGAUAUUAUGGAAAAGCAGCAACUGUUUGGUCACUGGGGGUUCUCCUGUAUGAGCUGCUGUGUGGAGAACCUCCAAAACACCAUGACCUGGACUUGACAGAUGAAAGGAUUUGGAUCAAACCUGGAUUGUCAAAAGAGUGCUGCCAACUGGUCCAGUCCUGCCUGCAGAGGAGCCCCAAGAAGAGGAUCGCUUUGGGGAAACUCAGCAGCCAUCGCUGGUUCAAGGUAUUCAAUUCUACAUUUUCUUUCCUGACCAUUUUUAUACAGGAGGUGUGUAAAAGUGUAACAUAGAGACCAACAAAUGUGUGUGUUGCUUGUUUCAGGUCACCAGAUAAAGAAAAAAAAAGAAGUUCCAGAGCCCUCCAUCAAGACGAUUAUAUCAUCUGAUUUUCUACAUCUUCUUGUCAUGAGACUCAAAUAAAUUAUUGUUUUAUAAACACUGUUGUGCCUGAACGUCCUGUAAUGGAUUGAUGAGAAAAUGUGCCUGCAAGACGCAAACCAGAGCUGAUUCUCAACACUAACCCAGUUCCAGUGCUGUGUGUCAACAUUGUACUCAUCUGUCGACACUUACAGAUCCUGACAAAACUGUAGGUGUCUUAGGAAAGCUCGUCCCCCUAUCCAUAUCAUGCUCUAUAGAGGGACCCUCAGGAGCACAGGUGUCAAAUCCAGUUCCUGGAGGGCCGCAGCUCUGCACAGUUUAGUUCCAACCCU